UGACGGUUUUGCGUUCGAGCUCACACAGAUGGCGAACUAGAACGUGUUUUGCGGAGAAUCUGCGCACAUUGAUGAAAAUCUGCGCGUCUCGAACGCAGCCACAUACUUUGCGUAGCCUGAUAGAACGACUCGGAUGUUGUUACUAUGCUUGUGAGGCGCUCGUCUAUGAAAGUAUGGAAGGUUGCAGAGUUAUGAAUGGUGGCGAAGAGAAGGCACAUAAACAACAGAAAACUAUUUCUAAGGAACUGCUGUCUGUUGGAAAUGGAGGAGGCAUUCAUGACAAACUGCUCCUAAACUCGAAGCGCUCCAGUAAAAACGGGACUUCCUCGCAGACUGUGAAGGUCCCAAGGAGCAGUGUAUUAGACAGACUGCAGAGUUUUCUCCCACAGAUGGCCCAGGCCAAUGAGAGACUGAAACUACAGAUGGAGGAAUCUCCAGCUGGCCAGUUCGAUAUUGAGAACAUUGAAGGCAAUUCUGAGAAAAUCAUUGAGAUGGAUGUGGCGUUAGUGGAAGUAGAUGAUUUUGACAGCUGUGAAACAGAAGAAUCUGAAUCGGAGGAUGAAAGCUCUCAGUCUGAGGAGGAGUAUGGGGCCAGUGAUAUGAGGGAAGACCAACUCAAGUUACCUGGGAGUCGGGUGAUGAGGAAAGGGAAGAUUGAAGUGCUAGAGAGCAUGAAUGGUUAGCCAAUGUGGAAAAGCACUUAUUUGCUGAACCUCAUUUAUUGAAAGACUUGAAAGGGACCCAGGAUCAUGAAAUCAUAACCUGCAGGGUUGUUGUUCUGUACUUCAAAACAUUUACCCAAGAAAAACUAAAAUGCUUUAGGUCUGACUUAAAAUAGUCAGUUAGUAUCAAGGAGUGGUCAGAAUGUGUUUUUUUUGCCUGCUGUGUCCGUGAAUCUUCAAGCUGUUGUUGUAUUUUGUUGGAUAUUUGUACAACUUGACAAAUUCAAAAUCUGCCCAGACAAAAUAUGUCCUCUCAUUUGUAAUUUUAUUUAGGGAGGACUUUUCUUCUGGUAUCCCCAAAGCAGUUAUAGGUCCUGAGUAAAAGCCAGAUGACUGGAUACUUGGGAUGAAUCUGGGAUAUUUAGUGCAUGCAGACAGUAUUUAUUUAACAACUGGAGAAUUAAUGCCUUAAUGUUCCAAGCAGAGGCAGUACCAGGCAUCUCCACACAUAGCUCAGUUAUUGGAUUUCCCUAGUGCUUUGUGUGCCUGCUGGCAAAGUGCUUUGUGGGGCCAGCUGUAAUAUUGAUUAUGUGAUGUGAAAAGGGUCUGGGAAACACUGAUUUCAUCUUUUGAUCAAUGCAGACCUGAGUUUAUAUCUGUAGCCCAUAGCAUUAGCUACCCAUUUAUUUAGUUACCCUACCUUGACUGAAACAAAAUAUUUUUUAAAGAUCAUGAUAUAGAUGGAUAUCUGUUUUAUAUAAUGUAUAUAAUAUUUUGGGAUUGAUAUGGUAAUGCUUAUGUUAAAAGUUAAGUAUGUGAGUUCUGCUUUUUCGUUUGUAAAAGUAAUAGAGAAAGGUAUUGAUUUUAUACUUUGUGUUUCAGUUGGCUAAAAUGUCCAAACAUUAUAAUAAUCCUUUUUUUUUCACUGUUUGUUUUUCCUAUUCAC